AUGGAGAACAGCAGCAUCUCACAGGGCGAGGGCAAGGACCCGUCCAGCUUCCUCAGCGAUAUAAUCGGCAACUCUGUCGUUGUGAAGCUCAAUUCCGGCGUCGUUUACAAGGGAGAACUGCAAUCUGUGGACGGAUACAUGAACAUUGCGCUGGAGAAGACGGUGGAAUAUGUCAAUGGCGCGAAGCGGAGGGAGUAUGGAGAUACCUUUGUGCGAGGCAACAAUGUCAUGUAUAUUUCAGCGGACUCAUAA